UGCCCUCAUAAAACCAAAUAUUUCAGUUUGCACUUUCCACCAACUAUUUGCCUCUCUUUCAAGUGACAUCUUUUGAGUCUGUUCUGUGCUGUAUCUUUCACUUGCCACAAAUCACCACACUGAAAAGUGUGUAGACUAUAAGGCAGAAGAAGACAAAGGUUAAAGAAACCAAAGAUGGAUGUAGAAGCGGUGAAAAGGUCUCCUUCUCAAGAAAAAUAUGGCAGGGUUCAAUCUGCAAUAAGGUUGUUAGUGCUGGUUGUGUUUCUGGGUUGGAUUUUCGUAUGGAUAGUGACUCCGACAAACACUUACCAACAAAAAUGGCAGCCUCGGCUUCAAGCAAAGACUAAUUCUAUUUUUGGUGCACAAGGUGCAAUGCUUCUGGUAUACACUUUUCCAAUCUUGUUCAUAGCUGUUUUGGGAUGUGUGUACGUUCACAUAGCCAAAAAAGGAAACGGUUUCGGCAAGGAAAGCUGCAGUAGUUAUGGCAAGAAACGUGAGGUAUCUAUAUGGAAGCGUUUGGUGCUUGUGAGAGGCCCUCUUGGCAUAGUUUCUGGAACAGAAAUGGUCUUCUUGUUAAUGUUCAUUGUUCUCCUAGUUUGGUCCUUUUCAAUCUAUCUGCAUAAUGGCUUUGCCAAAAUCACCCACAAAUCAGCAGCAGAACACGGUCUAAAAGUCUGGGAGAAGAAACUAGAUAUUGCAUCUGUGAGGUUGGCCCUAGUUGGGAACAUAUGCUUGGCAUUCCUGUUUUUCCCGGUUGCUCGUGGUUCCUCAGUGCUACCUCUGCUUGGACUCACACCAGAGAGUUGCAUCAAAUACCAUAUUUGGCUAGGAAACGUGGCCAUGACCCUUUUCACUGCUCAUGGUAUUUGUUUCAUCAUCUAUUGGACAGUUACCGAUAAACUUUCAAAGAUGCUAGAAUGGAAAAAAACUGGGAUAUCAAAUGUAGCUGGAGAGGUUGCUUUGCUUGCUGGUUUGAGCAUGUGGAUUGCAACCAUCCCUCGCAAUAGGCGAAAAGUUUUUGAGCUCUUCUUCUACACUCACUACCUCUACACCCUCUUCAUUGUCUUCUUCAUCUUUCACGUGGGCAUUUUCUAUGCAUGCACUAUUCUCCCCGGUUUCUACCUCUUCUUGGUUGAUCGGUACCUAAGGUUUUUGCAAUCAAGACGCCGAGUUCGUUUGGUUUCUGCUCGUGUUUUACCAUGUGAAACUGUAGAACUCAACUUCUCCAAGAGCCAUGAUUUGACUUAUAAUCCCACAAGUAUUAUGUUCAUAAAUGUACCAAGUAUAUCCAAACUUCAGUGGCAUCCAUUUACCAUUACUUCUAAUAGUAAUUUGGAGCCAAAAAUGAUGAGUAUUGUCAUUAAAGGAGAAGGAACUUGGUCCCAGAAGCUCUACCAGAUGCUUUCAACCCCUUCUGCAAUUGAUCAUCUCAAUGUCUCAGUUGAAGGUCCCUAUGGACCAGCAUCAACCAAUUAUCUAAGGUAUGACACUAUUGUGAUGGUUAGUGGAGGGAGUGGAAUCACCCCUUUUAUAUCCAUCAUCCGGGAGCUAUUGUAUUUGAACACAACAUUCAGAUAUAGAACCCCAAAAGUUAUCCUAAUUUGUGCAUUCAAGAACUCUUACUAUCUCUCAAUGCUAGACCUCAUCCUUCCAAAUUCUGGCACCCCCUAUGAUAUGUCCAACAUGCAACUACAAAUUAAGGCUUACAUCACAAGAAAGGAGGAGCAUAGAUUGGAAAACCAUAUUCACCUUCAACAAAUAUGGUUCAAACCCAAGGCAACAGAUGCACCCAUAUCAGCUAUUUUAGGUCCAAACAAUUGGCUUUGGCUUUGUGCUAUAAUCUCGUCCUCGUUCAUAAUUUUCCUCAUCUUAAUUGGGAUCAUUACCCGAUUCAUCAUUUUCCCUAUAGACCAUAAUUCUAAUAAAAUAUUUUCACAACCUUUGAGGUCAUUCCUCAACAUUUUUGCAAUAUGUGUGUCCAUAUCAAUGGCAGCUAGUGCAGCUGUUCUUUGGAACAAGAAAUACAACGACAGAGAAGCAAAACAGAUUCAGAACUUAGAAGGAUCAUCAUCAGCAGAAUCCCCAAAGUUGAAUACUGAUGAAGGAGAUAAAGAACUGGAAAGCCUCCCACAGCAAUCCCUUGUUCAAGCUACAAAGGUGCAUUAUGGAGCAAGACCUGAUCUAAGAAGACUGCUAUUGGAACUUGAAGGGUCAAGAGUGGGAGUUUUUGUUUCUGGACCCAAGAAAAUGAGGCAAGAGGUUGCUGCCAUUUGCUCAUCUGAUUUAGGAGAAAAUCUGCAUUUUGAAUCCUUUAGCUUUAACUGGUAGUAAACGUUAUAAAAUGUGCAUACUCAACCUGCGGAUAGAGGCAUAUAGCUACUAGAAGCUAGUGGUCUCUGCUAAGUGCUAACUAAAGUUUAGUAGGUUUUUUUUUUU